AUGUGCGACGCUGGAGUUGUCACGUCUUCCGGGCCGCCACACAUCGGGGUCGCGACACCCACCGGUGUUACCGUGGAUUCGCCCGUUCCCGGGUCACCACGGUCACCGGAUUCUGCGUCGCCGCAAAGACCAUCUUCAUCUGCCAGGCAAGUCCUGGUUCUAUACGACCUCGGGCCUUCGUCGUCGUCGCCUGGCAAGGCUCCCGCCUCGCGCGGCUCGUCGGCGGCUUUGCCCGUUGGCGAUGCCGCGUUUCUGCCGAACGACAGCGGCCACAACGCGCUCUCCGACGACGUCGUGGUGUCUUCACCGCCGCUUGAUGCCGGGUCGUCCCCGGUUGUUUUGCCAUGGUUCCCGGGGUCUCCGGCCUCCUCCCCGUCGCCGUCCGCGUCCGUGGACGAGGCCUCGGCGGUUCCCGGCGCACCCGACGAAGUACCGGAGCAGCCCUACUCUGACAACGCGACGCUCCAGAUGCCACCGGACCACACACGCCUCCUCGAGGACCAGGCACGCCUGCUUCGCUCCUUGUUGCGAGACCCGCCCUCUGACGAGCCGUAG